UUAAAUAAUAUCUCAAAAUGUUUACCAAUUAAUGACAUGUAAUGUCAAACAUUAACCACAAUUUGGUUACCAUUUGUUUGUAUUAAUCAUUUGAAUCAAUUGAUUGGAAAUGUUUUAGUGAUGAUUAUCGAUGAUUACACUAUGAAUUCAAAUCCCGAAACAGAUAUCAACAAAGUAUUAAACUUUUGGUUUGGCUGUAAAUCAGAUAAAGACUAUCUUCAGCCCAAAUGUUUUUGGUACGCAAGCAGUCCAUCGGAUGACCAAUUAGUGUCACAACAUUUGGCCAAAUACUAUGAAUUGGCCACAAAUGGACAGUUGGAUAACUGGAUCAACUUUGGAUCUGACGGAGCUUUGGCACUGAUUUUACUUUUGGAUCAAACGCCCAGAAAUAUCUAUCGUAACCGACCCGAGGCUUUUAUGACAGACUCAAUGGCAUUAUCAGUGGCCAAGAGAGCCGUAGAGAACGGUUAGGACAAGAGUUUGCCCGAUAUAUGCAAGAGAUAUAUGUAUUCACCAUUCAAUCACUCGGAGAACUUGUCUGACCAGAAGAUGUCUCUCAAACUGUUUUCACAAUUGGCCGAUAAAUCACACUUAUAUUGGGCCCAAAAAUAUCAUGACCUGAUUGCCGAGUUUGGCCGCUUUCCGCACAGGGAUCACAUCAUUGGUAGACAUCAAUC